AUGCCAGGUCAUAUUGAAAGUGUUCCAUUUCUUUCACAAUUAGAAGACGUCGAUAAGUAUUUAUUGGAGUAUCGUAACUUGAAGCUUAUGUCUCAAACUGCCAAAAAUUUUGCACCAAUCAGUACGAAUCAUUUGCAUCAAAUGCGGUUUCACAGCGGUAGUGAAAGUAACAACGGAUUGGAGGUUGAAUCUUUGGAAUUCGAUAAAAGGAGCAUUAGGACGGUUCAGUCCGGCAACUAUGGUAAUAUAACGAAUAAAAACAGCAUUAACGCUGAUAAUAAUAACAAUAACAAUAACAAUAACAAUAAUAGUACUAAUAAUAGUAGUAACAAUGGCGGCAAAAUCGGUAAUAAAAGUAUCAACAGUAACAAUGGGGUAACAAAUAUGAAUAGAAAAAAGUUUUCAAAUAUUAACAAUAAUCAAGGGUACAGGUUCGGUAACCCAUCAAAUACAAAAUAUGGCGCACAAAAUCAGCAACAAAAUCAGCAACAACAACAGCAACAACAACACUCAGCUUCACCAAUGAUUGCGAAUCAUUUCAAACAGACAUAUCCUCAGCUCUACUACAACUCCAGUAAUAAUGGUAGUAACAUAUCAUUGGAUCAGAUAAAUUCGGCCUUCUACGGAUCAAACCACGUUGUCACUCAACAGCGGCAAGUGUCUUCUGGUAACUCAUCCCCCUCUUUGGCGAUGCCUAAGCUUGAUACUUCAUUAAGUGGUACUUCAUCAAUCGCAUCCUACAAUGGAAGUUUUGAUCCUAUAUCGUCAGAAUUUAACGCACAGUUCACCUCCCCCGCUGCAUUCUCAAAUUAUCUGGGAGGUGGACUCAUGAAUCCGGGUCCUACACUCGCACCAUCAGGCCCAACUAGUGCAACCAUUCCCUCUGCAAGAAACGACUUGUUGCCAAAUUUCUCUUCUACAUCCUUGGCGAACGAUACAACAGCAAGAGGGUCGAUGGUUUUUGAUCCUAAAGGGCCUGCACCAACUGUUGGUUCUGAUACCAUAGUCCCCAAUCCAGCGCCCAAAUCUAGCCAAGAUAAUACCUUCAAUAAUGUUGAAGGUUCAACGGCAGAGGAAAACAACAAUACAUCAAACCAGUUCUUUAUGAACGACUUCACCAUCGAUUGGGGCUCAAGCCACGUCAAUGGUUCAUCCUCGAAUAGCGGAUCUUUUGGUAUUUGGAGCAACGAUAUGAGCGUCUGGAGUUAG